AUGUUGCCUGGAUUUAGAUUUAACCCUACUGAUCAAGAACUUGUGGGCUUCUAUCUUCUCCACAUCAACAACCGUCAAGAUUCUGCUAGGGAGUUUCCUGUUCCAUUCUGCGAUUUCUACGGUGACGAAGAGCCUUGGCAAAUUUGGGAAAGAUUCGGUGGAGAGCAGAAGAAUAAUCUUGAACGGCUUUUCUUCCACACCAAGCUAAAGAAGAAGGCUACGAGGGGCAAUGGCACCAACAUUGAUCGCAAGUUUGGUUCUGGAGGCGGAGGAUGGCACGGUGCGACUUCCGGUGAGAAAUCACCCAUUCAUGUUUCUGAUUUAGUAGGCUACAAGAAGAGUUUCAGUUAUUGGAACAAAUCGAGACCGGACCAAGACCGGUGUUGGAUCAUGACGGAGUACAGUGUGGAGGGAAGGGGCUGGGAUUUUGUGAUUUGUGAACUCAAACCUGGCAGAAAACACACAGAGAAAAGAAAGCAGGAGGCUGCAGUACUUGACAGUGGAGAGAAACGAUGCCGGAUUGAACAACACAAUGGAGAGGCUGUUGCGACUCUAACUGAUGAAGACAAAGGAUGCAGGAUUGAACGUACAAAUUAUGAAGAUGAGGGUGGAGUAUAUUUGAAUGACGGUGUCAAUUCUGAGGUGGUGACUGCUGAUGAUAUUGCAUUGGACUGGGGACGUCUUGAUGAAUUGCUCACUUCUGAGCCGCUUCCGCCGUCUAACUUUGCAGAGCCGAACACUGAAGUAAAAGAGGGAGCUUAUGAUUAUGCUAUUAUUCAUACUGUGUUAUCUAUGAUUGUUAGUAGUUUGUUAAUUAGUAUUUUACUGUCAAUGAUAAGCAUAGAAUUUGAUAUAGAAGAGGAAGUAUUUGCUUUUGUAGCAAGAAAGAAGAGAGUCCGUUGA